CAUCCUCUUCGGGUUUGUACAGGGAUAGGAAUACAUGGACUCCAAUAAAUACAUUGAGCAUCUGCUAACUCAACUCGAGGAAAAACACAGAAGUCUCUGGAGGGAGAAGCUGGCUGUGGCCCGACUGCAGCGAGAAGUUGCCCAAAGGAGAAGUGAGGGGGCCAUGCAUGAGAAGCUGAUCCAUGAGUUGGAAGAGGAGAGACACUUACGCCUUCAGAGCGAGAGGCGGUUGCAGGAGGUGACGCUGGAGUCUGAACGCAGCCGGAUUCAGAUGCGCGGCCUGCAGCAGCAGUUCUCCAGGAUGGAAGAAACAGUACGAAAUCUACUGCAGAGUCAAGGGCCUCCCGAGCAGAGAAAGGAAGACACUGUUAAUAUAACGGCCUAUCAGGAAACGCUGUCGGAGGAUGAGAGGAAGCACAGAGAAGCUCUGGAAGAUCUUCACAUGGCGGUCGAUGAGGACUCGAGGAGCGAAAGCAGCAGCGCGGAUGAAGGCAAAGAAAAGACCAAGUUGCUGUUAGAAAGACUGAAAGCUCUAGAGGCAGAGAACUCGGCACUGGCUUUGGAAAAUGAGAACCAAAGGGAGCAAUAUGAGAGAUGCCUGGACGAGGUAGCCAACCAAGUUGUUCAAGCUCUACUCACUCAAAAGGAUCUAAGGGAGGAAUGUGUAAAGCUGAAGACCAGAGUGUGCGACUUGGAACAACAGAACCGAACGUUAAGUGUCCUGUUCCAGCAGCGGCUCCGACCGACUUCUGAUCUGCUCCUCCAGAAACUUCACUCACGCAUCUUGGGUCUUUCAUCCGGAGAUUUGCUAUCAGAGGUGGAGAGAAGCCGAAGCCUGACACAGACACGAAGUGACGUUGAGAUGCACGAAUGCAAGCUGAGUGCAAAACCAGGAGCCCCUGCUCUGAAAUGCCCUGGCGUGGGGGUUGUCAUCCCUGGUCAUCUCUGUCCUCGCAACAGCUGCAGCAGCAGUGAGCUGUCUCUCUCGAGCACCUGCAGCGAGUACUCCAGCGGCUCCUCCUGCACGUGGCACGAUGGGAAGGACCUCAGGAAAAGGGGAUCAUCACAAAACUGGGACAAAAGGCUAAGUAUUGACUCCUCGCUCCCAAGCGACUUUGCUAGUCCUACCGAUGAACUACCUCCAGCUCGCAUCAAGGAAAGCCACGUUCUGGAAGGACUGCGAAAGCUACAGAAUCGAAAAGUGCUACUCGAAACCCCAUCAGUGGUAACCAAGUGGGGCUACAAAGAUUGCAUGAACUCAAAUGAAGGGAUAUAUUCUCCAGGAAUUAAGAGUAGCAGCCUCAAGGAGCAUCCCCCCUGCAAACCAGCAGCCACGGGGAGCCCCCGCAAGGAGCCCCACCAGGCAUUUGUUUACGACACUGAUUCCCACGAUGAUGCCGACGAGGACUCUUCCUCCUCAGCAUUGGUCCAGGCCUAUCCCAGCCAGGCCUGCAGGCUGCAUGGUUGUAAACUAACCCACAGUGUUUCUGACAGUCUGUUUGGCUGGGAGCUGAGCGGAAAACACUUGUCAGAAGGCCCCUCAGCGUACUGCAGGGAAAGGCCUGAAAAACUGAGCAGUUGUGCCAGCAACUGUCCCUUGGAGAGGAAGCUGUGCCCGGGUGUGCAGGUGCCUCAGGUACAGAGAGAGAGGGGUCCCCACAGCCAGGGCCGCGUGGCUGUCAGUCUCCAGCUUUCAGACACCGAUGACAGUGAGACCCUCGAUGAGCUGCACAUAGAGAGCAGUGAUGAGAAAAGCCCUUCGGACCUGUCAUUGACUGCUGACACCGACAAGUCCACGGAGAAUCUGGACAUCGCCCUGGGACUUGGAAAAUCUCUAGUCACAUCUCCGGGUAAGGAGGAGAAACCAGCGCCCGUCCACUUGGAGAGCAGGCCAGGGACGUUUAGCUUCAUAAAGCGCCACAGGGUUGUCCAAAGGACGUCUUCGGAGGAAUGCGUGACUGUGAUAUUCGAUGCGGAGGACGGCGAACCUAUCGAAUUCAGCUCUCACCAGACGGGCGUUGUCACUGUCACCAGGAAUGAAAUCUCCACCAGUCAGGCCCCGACGGGCCCCAAAGCAGAACACACUGAACACUUACCUCAGGGAAUCGCUCACCUGCAGCCAGGAGCUGCCGCAAGAGACUGCACCUUCCUAAAGAGGCCUGAAGGGGAGACUGAGGAAAACAUUCCAGGAGACGGCGUGGAUAAUGCUGCCGAGACACCCACUGAAUCUCUCAGCCCCAGGACAGUCACGCAACAUACGCAGAGACAAAAACCGGCCAGACCCACACGGAGCAUGUCAUGCCACAGUAACUCCAGGUCCCCGGUGUCCAUGGGCAUCUAUCAGAAGCAAAGCCUAACAAAAAUCCCUGCCCGGGGCAAGUCUUCACCUCAGAAACCAAAAAUCAUGGAGCCCGAAGCUUCCUCUCGAGUCCCCUCAUUGGGCCCCGUGACGCCUGAGAAGUCACCAGCCUUCACUCCUGGGAAACUGUCCCGGUUCAAGAGGACCGAGGGCCCAGCGCCCCUCUGUGACGUGCAACAGGAUUCACACUUUCCAAAACAAGGCUCCCAGACGCCCUGCAGGAGGGAGGGCGUCCAGGGCCCCAAGAGUCAGCUUUCAGGGUCACAGCUGCUGCCCGGGCCCCUCGGUGAGCGGGAUGACCAUGGAGAACCCCUCUCGAGGGACAAACACUAUGACCCCGGGCCAGAGGCAGGGGCAAAAUCACCGUCUCCCCCACCCCCUCCAGGCAGGUCAGUCUCCCUCCUCAUCAGGCCCAGGUAUGACUAUCUGCCACCACCUUCAUCUGCCAGGGUCCCCCAUGAAGCAGCAAGGGCUGCAUUCAGAUCCGCCCCCCUGAAAGGGUGCUCUGCUCCUGUUACUUCUAAUCAGGCGGAAGUGCAGGGGAAGAAACCUUCUGUGGCCUUCCAGAAGCCCCUCUGCACCCACCCUCUGCCCUCCAUGGAGACCGUGAUUCAAACCAGGUGCUCCACUCAUACCCCCUCUAGCUCAUUGGUCAUGAUGGCCCCGGGGCCCCCAAAGGUCUCUCCAAAGAGAGGGGUCCCCAAAACCCCACCUCAUCAAACACUUGGGACCACAUACACAGACACAGGGUUACGGACUCCCAAGAAUUGUCCUUCAGCCCAGGAGCCACUGGAAAUACCAUCCUCCAAAAGUCUGUCUCCAGGAAGAAAACUGAAUGACAGUGUCUCCCCCUCACCCAAGCCUUCCUUCUUAGGGGUCAGUGAGUCACCAUCAUCUCAGGUCAACAGUCCCUCACCUUACUUCAGAAGCCAUAAUGCCCCACACAGUUGUCAAAACACUCAUGAGAAAGGUUUGAAAACUCGCCUCCCUGUUGGGCUGAAAGUUCUCAUGAGGUCUCCCCAGUUGCUCAGGAAAAGUUCCACGGUGCCAGGGAAGCAUGAAAAAGACAGUCUCAAUGAGGCCUCAAAAAGCUCGGUGGCCGCAAGCAAGUCGAAGCCAGAGCACUCCGGGGAUCCGAGCAGCCUUGAGACCACGGUGGGCGACGGACACGGGACUCCGCUGGGUUUACAGGCGCAAGACGGCGCGGCCAAAGGGCUGCCCCUGGAGGCAUUAACGCCCGAGCCCGUGGAAAACCGCAGCCUUGGGGCCGAUGGGAAAGAUGGGGGAGAAACCAGGUCUGUGAAAAGAUGCCUGUCCUCCAACAAGCCUCCACAUCUAAAGCCAGCUCUAGGCAUGAACGGGGCAAAAGCCCGCAGUCAGAGUUUCAGCGCUCACUCAGGUGACAAGCCCCCCACACCCCCCAUGGAGGGGCCGGGCAGAGUCCGAACUCAGAUUAUUACCAACACCGCAGAAAGAGGCAAUUCUCUCACCCGGCAGAGCUCCUCCACCUCCACGGACACCUCUCCCAGCAAGACCCCUUCUGCCCCCACGUCGGACAGUCUCCCCAAUGCUGGGAGGCCCCUGGGGCAUGCCCCCUCCAGGCAGGGCUCCCUGGGGAGCGUGGGCAGCUCCAGCAGCCAGCAUGGAAGCCCUAGCAAGUUGCCUUUGAGGAUCCCUCCAAAAUCCGAAGGGCUCCUCACCCCCCCCGGACCAGAAGACCAGCAGGCCUACGGCCAGGGCAGCUGCCCCGGUGCGGCUGCUCCCGAGGAAGCAGGCAGUGACCCCUGCAGGUGCCCACCCACUCCGGCAGACUGCCCACGAGCCCUGCACAGCCCAGGGAAGACACAGUGCCCAAGCAGUUUUGAAACCAGCAGGACCGCGAAGCUAGAAGCUUCCGGAAGGUAUCCAGACACUUCUAUAACCAGGACUAAUGCUGUGAGCCCAGAAGCCCCCCUCUCACCCACCAUCGAAGAAAAGGUCAUGUUGUGCAUUCAGGAAAAUGUGGAAAAAGGCCAAGUGCAAACAAAGGCCACGUCUGUGGACGGGAAGCCCAGGCCGGGGCCUUCUUUUGCCAGCUGGUUUGGUUUUCGGAGGAGUAGGCUCCCCGCCCUCAGUAGCAGGAAAACGGACGUCUCCAAAAGCAAAGUGGAAAAGAAAGAUGCGAAAGGCUUGGGCUUUGGGGGUAAGCAGCUAAAGUCAGAGAGGAAAAAAGACAAGAAGAAGCCUGAGCCACAGUGUGAGACAGAAAGCGAGCCUCGCAGGGACGCAGAGCCGGCCGGCCGGCCAGACGGCGGCGGCCACGGCAAAAACAACCAGAAAACACCACCGGACGUUUACGACCAAAUGAAGUUCGAACCGAGAAACAGACCCAGUCCUGUUACGUGUCCAACAAAAGAUACCUUUAUGACGGAACUUUUGAACAGAAUUGAUAAGAGAGCAGCUCAACAGACAGACAGUGGACCAAGUAACGUUUCCUGCAGGAGCAUGUUAAAGGGCAGCUCCCAGGGCUCCUGUCUCACUGGCAGCUCUAUCAGCGCUCAAGGAAACCACAGGAAAGUCAUCAAAACCAAGGCCGAGGCGGAAACUCCAAAGGGCUCCCUGAUAAAAGAGACAACUGAAAACCUGCAAGAGAAUGAAGGGGAUACAGCUGCAGACUCUGCAUUUCAGAGCCGCAUCAUAGAGUCGAACUGCCAGAUGAGGACCCUGGACAGUGGGAUCGGAACCUUCCCACUCCCAGACUCGGGAACUCGCUCAGCCGGACGGUACCUAUGCCAGUCAGACUCCCCAGAGGACACCGAGCCCAUCCUGUGCCUCCAGCCAGCCCUUUGUGCGGCUCCUUCCACCCGAGCCCAGACCCUUGAACGAGAAGUGCCUUUCUCCACCGACAGCCAGGGCUCGGCAGACAGCACCCUUGCUCACUCCACGUCGGACCCCGUCAUGACUGCCAGGGGCGCGCGGCCUCUGCAAAGCCACCUCCCCAAACCAGCCUCCUCAGGAAAAAUCCCUUCCCCAAAGCAGAAUGAAGGAGAGCCAAGGCCUCAGACUUGCGCGUCACUGUAUGCUGAGAACGCAAUGGCCAGGGAGCUGCUUCCAGACUGGAGGGGUGAAGAACCCCCUGCAGACACCCAGGACAAGGGACCCAGAAUGUGCUCGUACUCUGCCAGCGGUGGCAGUGAUAGUGACAGUGACCCGGACUUUGGAGAUAAUGGUUUUGGAGCUGGAAGGGGCAAGUUAGUGAAAGCGGUGAAGAGCACCACCCCAGGAUAUUGGUCCUGGCAGAAUCUCUACUCCAUGAUUAUUGUUGACUAUGGAAAAAACUGGUAUGUGUUGAAAAUUAAGAAACCAAAUUUCCAGGUCUAAUUUCACCUGAAUUUGAAUUUGUGUGAACCACAAAUUCCAUAAAUACCCCAUGUGAAGUACAGCUGACACCAGCCACCCCCACCUUCCAGGCUGAUGUAAGAGCAGUGAGAUCAUGAUGGAAAAACUCUCUGGAAAUAAGAGCAAUUUAUUAUUUAUAACCCAGGUUACAAAUUAUUUAUAACCCCAGGUUAUAAGCUGGGCUGAUACUUUCCUGAGUCUGGUUGGGGUUCUUUGAACCCCAUGGGAUGGAAUGCAUCUCUAUCUAUGUUUCUUUCUAUAGUGAUUCUGUCCAUUACAGAAUCUAAAAGGGCAAGAGAUAGACUAUCUGGGCAACUAAUGGACCCAAGUAGGCUGCAGCA